AUGUCCCGGAGAACAGAGGAAAUCCGAAUGAAAGCCGAUUUCGUUGCGACGAUUUUCUUCAUCCCUCCGCAACUUUACGUGAAUCUGUCCGAUCAGUGGCUCCUUGGCGGUUUUUACUGUAAAAGUAUACAUUAUCUUGGGAGUAUAUGCGAUACCUAUUCUGUCUAUGCGACCCUGUUACUAGGAACUGCCUUUGACAAUAAUAUCAUAAAAUUAUAUUUAAAAAAAAUUUAA